CGCUUGAGUCAAAUGACAGCGCUACGCUAGCGCUCGUGUUCGCCAACUACGUAAAUUUUCACAGGGUACUGCGAGUUCCCGGACGUUACGGAUCAGCAGCAGCAGCUUCAGCUUCCCUUCUCGGUGGUAUGUGGAUGGUAGGUCAAUAUUUUCUUCCGUGUACUUACUAGCAAUGCCGCCAGUGGCAGCCGCACCUCUGCGAGACCAAAGGCGGUGUUGAAGUCGCUUCCUCGAUAGCAGACGCGCUGGUUGUCUGCACAGUCAGAAACGAGGCCGUUAACCUCUUUGAGCAGAAGCGCCACGGGUGAGAAAAUGACCAACGGGGCCUUUCACAGGCGCGCCGAUGAGCGCUGGCCGCCAUUGAGCCCCAAUCCAUUCACUCUAUCACGGAGGAGCGGCGGCCGUGGGAUCGUAAGCCUCGUCUUCUCUCAGCAGCAGCAUCGCACCUCGCAGCGGCGGCAGUGGUCUCUUCACUUGAGAACUGAGCUCGAGAGCGACACGUCUCGCGACGACGUCUCUAAAGGCUUGGGCUCCUCCACCGAACAGGCCAUCACCUGCCUCUUACGUCCACCUAACCGAGGACGUCAUUGGCUCAGCCCAAUGGCCGCACGGUCUCCUCUACAGCAGCGGUCUUCUGAGUCGUCGAUCACGGACCGCACGCGCACGUCGUCCGGGUCUGGAUCCACCCGCGUAACACUCACGCGACGUCUGACAAAGCAAGUCUAUGUGGGCGCCAUGGAGGUGCCGCCCGACGCCGUGGGCAUCGACAAACCGGCCCCCGGCCAGCUCACAGUCGCGGUUAAAGUGCGGGCGCUCACGCUCGACUCGGACCGCAACGGCGGCGGCGGGUUGCGCACAUGGCAGGAAUGGCGUACAGUUCAGAGACUGCUGGCCCUCGAGCGUGAGGCCGACAAUUACGUGCUGCGUGCGUCGUCCGCACUCAGCAGGAACAGAAGCAACACCGUCGGGCGCAGCGUCUUGGACGGUCGACGUCACAUUGUCCGCUACUAUACCACGAGCGUGGAGAGCGAAUCGUUCCGCCUUAUUAUGGAACACUGUCCAGGCGGCGACCUGCUCUCUCAAUUGAUAAGUAGGGGGGCUCUGGGGCCACAGCCGUCGCAACGGGUCUCGCAACAGGAGGCGCGUCGCUGGGUGCUGCAGCUCGCACGCGGUCUACGGUACCUGCACGCGAGCGGCAUCGCCCACCGGGACUUGUGUCCCGAGAAUAUUCUCAUUAGUAGGACGGGCGACGUCAAGAUCUGCAACUUCGGUGCUAGCACCACCCGAGCAGCAGAACUCUCGCGCGACCGCGUGGCCGGCAACCUGCACUACACAGCCCCCGAAGCCGUGAGCGGCACCUGGUACGACCCCGUGCGUGCCGACGUCUGGUCGCUGGGUGCGGUUUUCUUCGUCCUGUUGACGGGGUCGCCGUUACUGCGACUCCCGUUCCCGGAGUGCCGCGGUUUCGAGCUCGUUAAGACUGUCGGGUGUCGGGGCGUGCUCAAGCUGUGGAAUAUGGACCAGCUCUUCUCAGCCGCGACGAUGGAUCUUCUGGCUAAAAUGCUCACGGUGGAUCCAGCCAAGCGACUGGGAAGCAUGAGGGAAGUAUUGGAGCAUCCAGCGAUGCUGGCCACAGCUCAUACAGAGCGUAGUCUCAUUGCUGUGUGACAGUGAAGGAAGAGGGCGAAGAGAAGAAGAUGAAGCAUUUAUCUAGAAGUGGGAGAAUUUUAACAGCGCGGCACCGACCAAUUGAUAAGCGCGUGCCGGCAAAUUGCAAGUAACAAGUGAAAAAAAAUUAUGUUAUAUGUCAAUGAAUAAUAAAGCUGAAUUCAAGACAUUCGCGGCCA